GGCGGCCAGUAAAGGAGCGAAAAGAGAUCAUAGUGCAUUUCCUUAACAUUGAUUGGCAUGAAGGCAGCGAGAACAUUUUAUCGCUUCUAUGUCAGUUCCAUGAACACAAGGCCAUGGCAAACCACAAUAAUAUCCACUGGUGUUCUUGUUGGAGCUGGUGACGUUAUUGCGCAACAGGCAGUUGAAAGAAAGGGAUUGAAACAUGAUGUUCUUAGAACUGUAAAGAUGACUGGCAUGGGUCUUUGUAUUAUUGGACCUGGCCUACGUACAUGGUAUAUCAUCCUUGAAAAGCUGGUAAAGGGAGCAGGGAAGACUGUUGCAUUGAAGAAAAUGCUUCUAGAUCAGACUGUCUGGGCACCAUCUUUUCUAGCAAUGUUUUUAAGCGCUGUUAGUGUGCUUAAUGGUAAAAGCAAAGAUGAGAUAAUAAUGAAGUUUCAGAAUGAAUAUAUAGACAUGAUGAAGGUCAACUAUAUGAUUUGGCCAGCAGUGCAACUACUGAACUUUUACUUUGUACCUAUGCAGCACAGAGUAGUUGUAGUAAAUUUUGUUGCACUAUUUUGGAAUACAUACCUUGCAUUUGUGUCACACAGACAUUAAGCAAAAAUAGCUAAAUGUUUAAAAAUGUUUUAGUUAUAUAAUUUUUCUUGUUGU